UAUUAAACAGAGAACUCGUCUUCCAUCAGAAGAAAAUUCAAACGAAACAUAGACGACAGAAAUAGAAACACCGUUGAUUGCAGAAAUAAAGAGAUGGCAGAAAAAAAUACAAAAGGAAGUAGAGCUCGUGACGUCAUGACGCUCCUAGUCUUCUACAAGACUUGUAAGGAGAUAUUUCAAUUGGACGCGCUACAUCCAAAUGAAAAGGUCACGAUAACGACCGACGGCCGCAUCAUAUUUUUAACGACAGAUAGCGGAGCUGUUUAUAAAUUGGACGGGCUCACCUUGAGCGACGUAGAAUAUCGCGUAAUUAACGAGGCUAUCGAGAAAGCCGAAUCCGGCGGUUUCUCACUCGUGAUGCAUGAGUCUAAAAACCAGUUAGAAAAGUGUUUAAAGGAAAUAACAAAGGAGAAUACGAUAUCUAAAACCAACAUGGUCAGUGAUAGAAGCCAAAACGACAGACAGACCGCUGCUGAGACAACGAGUGAUUCAUCUGGACCAGGUGAAAAACGAAGCGAGGGCUCAGACUUAACCAAUUUUAGUGAAAAUAUUGCUGAAAUGGUAACCGCUGUGACAGAAUUGUGCAAAACGACAAAUAGCACAGUGACGACGGCUAUGCACAGUAUUAACAGCAUGCGCAUGAAUUUUGAAAAAGAAACAAAACUCAUGCGGUCGCAGAUUCGAGAAAUGGGACAAACUUUGGCUUCCUCUCAAGUUAUUGAGGAAGGAAACGAUGAAGACCUCGAGUUGCCGGAAACUAGUGAAAAUGCCAAUCAGACUGAACACUUGCCAAAUACAUCUCAAUUAGGAAAUAUUCCUAGAAAUGACUUAACUUCGAUAUUAACGGACGUAAUUAGAAAUCUUGGAUCUUCAAAUUUGAACAGCUCCAACCAAACAAAUCCGGUGGCCAAAGAACUCAAAGAAACGAUUAAACUUGAACUAAUAAGCAAAGACUCAGGGACGAAACGUGACUACAAACUCACGACACAGAUGAAAUUUGAACAUUUCUUUGAUUAUUUCUCGUCCGAACUUAGAGAGAAAGACUUGUUAUAUGUAAUUGAUUCUAGUGAAAUGCCAAACUCAAAAUUAGAUGACGUGACUAAAGAAAAACAUAAAUUUAAAGUUAGAGAUAUCUUAAUCAAUCGUUUAGAUAAUAAUUAUCAUUCUAAAAUCCUUAAUAUUAAAAACCCCGUUGAGUUAUUAAAUAAAAUCAAAGAAAUAAAACGAUCCGAAAUAAACGUAACCUCCGGAAGCAUUCGCAAACAACUUUAUAACAUACAAUAUAAUCCGCAAAAAGAAAAAGCCACAGAAUUUUGGGAUAAAUUUGAAGAACUAAUUAGAAGUUAUGAGAAUUCGACCGAAACUGCACGAUUGACUGAUGGUGAGAUACGCGAUGCCUUUUAUAAUGCCAUCAUGACAGCAGUUCCACAGGUACAAGCAAUAGAUUUUAUGACGAGAAAUACGACGGGUAAAGGCUUGACUUACGAGCAACUUAAAAUGUAUAUAAUGCAAACGGAAGCAAAUAAAAUGACUACAAUGACAAACACGGGUACAGCCUUGAAUGCUCGUAAACUAGACACAAAAGAACGGUGUUUUAAUUGCGACGAUUUUGGACAUAUCAGCCGUAAUUGCCCCAGAAAAGGGACAGGACUAAAGAAAUGUUUCGAAUGUAACGAGUUCGUGACCCAUAAAGCAUUUGAGUGUCCACUACGGAUAGAAAAACUACGACGGGACGGACCCUUACUGACUAAAGACAGCAAUUAUAGACGCGGCAACUCGAGACUUCUUCAAAGAGGUUGCUUUAACAAUAAAAGAGGUUUAAAGCGAAAAGGUCAUGAGUAUGAUCGAGAAAAUGAGUCUAAACGCCCCAGAUUCCCCUACAAACGAGGCAAAUUCGGCCAGAAUAGGGGAGGUAGGAACGAAAAGCGCCCAAAGUAUCUACAACAGAAAGGUAACUGUGAAGUUUCCGCGAAAGACAAAGCCAACAAAUCUGCGUAGACCUACGUUAAUCAAUCAGACACACGAAGAGAAACAUACAAAUAACAGAUAUAAUUAAGAGAGAG